AUGAAGCAUUUAUUUUCCGUGAACUUCACCGUUACGCAAUUCACUCAACUCUUGUCAGGAUUCAUAUUGAUCGUUCAUCCACCUGACGAAUUUCCGCUUUUCUUGCGACGUUCUGUUAUAACUAGCAUUAAAGCUGAAUCAUUUAACAACAUCAGAUUAACGCCACAUUUAGUCGUAUCGGAAGGCAUCGAAAAAUACGAACCGAAUGUUCGACAGUGCUAUUACGGCCACGAGCGACAUUUAAAAUAUUACAAAACCUACACCCAAAACCAUUGCGAAUCGGAAUGUCUCGCUGAUUACACUCUCGACCAAUGUGGAUGCGUUCCUUAUUUUAUGCCACGUGCGUGUUUUAACGACACCAAAAUUUGUCGAGCGGAUUCGGAGUGUGACUUAAAUGCAGUUGACAAACUUUUUUUACCCAAGUUCAACGAUGACGGUACACAUGCUCUAAUUGACGAUUGCAAUUGCCUUCAAACAUGCACUCAGUUGUCUUAUACAGUUGAAGUGGUCGAAUUACCGGAGGAAUUGGCGGGUUAUGAUGGAAGUGCGCUCAUCAUUGGAAACGAACAUCCAUUUUUUACGAAAAAUAUCCGCACUGAGUUGCAUAGUCUGAGUGAAUUCUUUUCUAAUUGUGGCGGUUCGCUCGGAUUGUUUCUUGGAGUGUCGAUCUUAAGCAUAGUGGAAUUGCUUUAUUUCUGUACGGCUCGUUUGUAUUUACACAGUAAAAAACGUACCACAGAUUCCACUGAAUAGAUUACAAGACUUCCGUUCUACCA